AGAACAUCCACCAUCUCCAUCCGCUCAAUCGAUCUCCAUUCACGCCUGCCUCAGCUCCGCCAUGGACAAGACACUCAGGACGACAGCUGAACGUUCCUACAGCAGUAGCUCCUACACCGGCCCGGUGGUCACCACCGCCAAAAAGAGUUACUCCGUGCGCAGCUCAUAUGGAGGCACUGGGGGUGCAGUUAGGAUGUUCGGAGGGCAGCUUGUCAAAUCAGGAGUGUAUGGUGGGAGUCAGGAUUAUAUGUAUAGAACAGAGAUGGGUUCAGGCGUGGGCUUGGGUCGCGUUGUGUGUUCCCCAGUGACCGCUGUGACCGUCAACAAGAGCCUCCUGGCACCUCUUAACCUGGAGAUUGACCCUAAUGUUCAAGCCAUCAGAAUUCAGGAGAAGGAACAGAUCAAGACCCUGAACAACCAAUUUGCCUCCUUUAUUGAUAAAGUGCGCUUUCUGGAGCAGGAGAACAAACGUUUGGAGACCCAGUGGAGCAUUCUGCAAGAACAAUCUGCCCCCCACUCUAAAAUCAACACCAUGUUCGAGAACCACAUUGCUGAACGGCGCAGAGACCUGGAUGGCAUGGGAAACAGAAAGAGCCGCCUGGAGAGUGAACUCAGCAACAUGCUGGCUCUAGUGGAGGACUUCAAAAAGAAGUACAAAGAUGAGAUCAACAAGCGUACAGACGCAGAGAACACCUUCGUGCUCAUAAAAAAGGAUGCUGAUCAGGCUUUCAUGAGUACGGUCGAGCUGGAAACAUCACUGAAGAACCUCAAUGAUGAGAUUAUGUUCUUAACUCGAAUCCACGAGCAGGAGCUGAUGGAGCUGAAAUCUCUGAUUGGAGACACGUCAGUGGUUGUGGAGAUGGACAACAGAAGAGACCUGGACAUGGAUGCUAUUGUGGCUGAAGUCAGAGCGCAGUAUGAGGAAGUCGCCAAACGCAAUCAGGCCGAGGCUGAGAGCUGGUACAAACACAAGUAUGAAGAGCUUCAAGUAACCGCCACACAGCAUGGAGAAAAUGUGAAAACGACUAAAGCUGAAAUCACUGAGUAUAACCGCCGCAUCUUCCGCCUGCAGUCAGAGCUCGAUAACGUCAAGGGCCUGCGCACCAGUCAGGACCUUCAGGUCAAAGAGGCUGAGGAACGCGGUGAAAAAGCAGUGAAGGAGGCGAGACUCAAUGUACAGGAGCUUGAAGAGGCUCUUCAGAGAGCUAAACAUGACAUGGCGCGACAAGUGCGCCAGUACCAGUCACUAAUGAACAUUAAACUGGCCCUGGACAUUGAGAUCGCCACCUACAGGAAACUGCUGGAUGGAGAGGAAAGCAGACUGCUGCAUGGUGUCCAAACCAUCAACAUCUCCAGACAGAGCCAUGUUACUUAUCAGCCACACCAGCUGGACAGCAGGAUCAUCAUGCCCAAUAUGGCUCAGGUCACCAGUGUGAGCAGUGAGACGACCGUUGUUCACAACAAGUAGAUCAGUACAUCAGUAGUACAGUGCUGGUCCAAAGGUUCCGCCGAUGCUGGGAAGAAAAACUGAAGACCAUGAGAACAUAUUGACAAUAAAAAUGCUCCAUUGCAAAAAAGAGUUUCUCGUAUAUCAUA